AUGUCUACUACUAAAAUCAAGGGGAAGGGUCCUGCCCUCACUCCCCAACAAGCAAAUAAAGUCCCUUCUGUGAAAAAAGUUUCCCCUUUUGCUUUCUCAAACACUGAAUGUAAGCUGAAAUUCGAUGCCUACAUCUCCAACAGGGAUGUCCCUAAAACAGACCCACAUAACUCCCUAUUCUUUGACCUACGCAACCUUCCUGUGUCUGAAGAGCAGCUCUUUGAAGCACUCAAAGAUGAAAUUAAUGGUAUUGCCUUCCGGCAAGAAUCUAACUUUCUUGAAAUUACUCUCAAAAACCCUUCGCUUGCCAAAACCCUCCUUGUAGAGGGCAUUACUAUUAAUGAAAAACUUAUCAUCCCCCUCUCUCCAAAGGAGACAGCACCUAGAACCUUACGGGUCAAGAUGGCCAAUGUUCCUCUACACCUUCCCAGAAAAAAACUUGAACAGGACAUCACAAACCACUGGGCACAAUAUGCCAUCCCUCCAGAAGUCCAAGCGUUACAGGCCCCAGUCACUUGGGAAUAUGAAAAUGCUACAGUCCUUGCAACCUGGAGAGGGGCACCCCCAUCUUGUCUCUCUUGCAAAACCGCAGGACACUACUCCAGUGUAUGCCCCACAUUUCCACCAAAAAAGACCAUGGCGGAAACCCUGAAAAAAUCGAUCAGCAAAAAUAAAACCAAACCCCCUAAGCCUGUGGAACACCAAACAACCACAACAAUUGCCUCUUCCAGUAAGAGCAACAUGACACCAAGUAUCUCACAGGCAGGAUACAACUCACAACAGUUCCACACACCCCUGCAACAGCCACAAACAUACAUGUCAUAUGCAGCAAUUACAAUUGCUGCCCCAGACACCCCAACACCCCUCCCAAAAAACCAAGCCAAAGUAUACUACCCUCAAUUGGUCCUCCAGGGGAACAAAGGAUCACUUCCGCUGUCUGCCCCCA